AUGCCUGUGGAUUAUCCCAGCCAACUUGAGGAGGUGAUGGAUUUUAUUCAAACCACUUUAAAAAGACUGAAGAGAUCACCAGAUAAACCACAUUUCUCCAAACGGGAAAGAAACCGGCAAAAUGCCGGAAGGAACAAUAAUUCCAACAAGAAGAAAGGACGGAGAGCGCAAAGACUCAAAUCUCGGGAUUGUGUCUUAAGUGAGAUUCACUUAAAUGUGACUGACUUGGGAUUGGGAUACACAACCAAAGAAGAAUUGAUUUUCCGUUAUUGUAGUGGUUCGUGCGAGACUGCUGUAACCCUGUAUGACCAAAUUUUAAACAAUUUAACCCAAAAUAAAAAGUUGGUCAGUGACAAAAUCAGGCCACAGCCUUGUUGCAGACCCAUUGCUUAUGAUGACGACCUUUCGUUUUUGGACGAUGACCUAUCAACUUAUCACAUACUGAGGAAACAUUCCGCUAAAAAAUGUGGGUGCGUUUGAUGUCCUUGUGUGUUUGGACACGGGCUACGAUAUUGCAUUCCUGCUAAAAUGGGCAAAGAAGGGGACCAAGGCUCCCGAGGAAAGGAAAAAGGUUGGCUUCAGAUGAAGGAAGAGGACCAAGCAUACAGGAGAACAACAGCUGUGCGAGCCUGGUUGGUGGAAAUCCAGCACGGGAUACUUGGUGAAGCUACAACAUGAUGGAGCUUUUGGUUUCUACAGGAAGGCAAAUAGACAUCAAUGCUCAGGGGCUGAGAUCCAGGAUGAAUGGGAAUUAUUUUACACCGUUGGUUUUGAGGUGAUCCACCAUUGGCACAAAACUUAGCCGAACAGGUGCUUAUCAACACAAGCCCCCUUUCUUCCUUCUUUGUUUUCUACCACCCACCAUCCUCCCCAAAUGGAAGUUAAACUAUUGAUUGUAGGCUUUCAUCCCAAUCUGGAGGCAUAAUCUGUCUUUCAUAUUGAGAAGAAUGUGUUUUGUGAUCAGGUGCAGGGGCUCCCGGGGAUGGAAUCAACAAUGUCAGAAUGGCCACCAUGAUUAGAUGAUGACUGGAGUGCCAACCCUUUUUAAAUAUGUCUGAUGGCAUGUUAAAAAGGAACGAUGCUUCGGUUAUCCAGCCACAUCCAUGAUUUCGGUCUUGUUGACCUUCAUCCCUUGUAGACACCCCUGAUCCAAACCUUCCCUAAUUUUGCAUCAGAGGUGGGUUCCUACCUAUUCGGUCCGGUUCGUUCAAAUAGGUAGUAACUCCGGCGGACAUGUGACCGCACCGGUUCUAUCCUCAGCGGUGCCAUCUUGAUUUUCUGUUUUGCACAUAUGCAGAACAACCUUCAUUGAAAAAAAUGUAAUUUUUAUUCCUUUUUAAAUGUUGUGCACAUGCACAGAUCAUUUUAAGUGCAAAUGGGCACACGCAUGGAGUGCGUGUCUGGUGUGUGCGUGAGCAAAGCGAGCACGCGUGUGCAAACUUUUUCGGGCACUGAACCAGUAGUAAUGGCGGCCGGAACCCACCCCUGCUUUGCAUCCUCCAGUUAAUAUGAACUGGGUUUCCAGAAUUCUUCAUAAUGGCCAUACUGGCUGAAGCAUUCGGAAAACUGAGAUCCCAGGUUGAAGAAGGCCACUGUGUGAGCAAUCCUGAGGAAUUUAUUGGGAUAUUUGAGAUGCAAGAGUGGAAUAUAUAGAAAUGUUAUAAUGGAGAAAACACACUUGAUGAAAGGAGGAAAUUAUCCUAGCAGAACUCUGCGUUCAUACAAAUUGCUGGCUAAAUUUGUCCAGCUUGAGAACUGACAGUUCCCAACAAUUCACUCAGCACUUUUUUGAUACUUGUUUAUGGAAAGCCUAGCAAUUGUAGAGUUUUGUCUACCGUUGCUAACAGUCUCUUUUAGAAAUCCUUCACCGAAAUCUAAACUUGAAAUUCUGCCCUUGAUUUGCCAGACCACUUAGCUAAAUUGUACAUCACAACAUCCCUCUUUUUUGUGAUGUGAAGACAUUAACAAGCUUCUUUU